AUGGUGAACCACGCGUUAUUCAACCCUGGAAAGGCACAUAACGUAAUUGCCACCAUCCCCGCAUCAGUCUCUGAUGAGGUAGUUGUUGUGGGUAAUCAUCGUAACGCUUGGGGUCCCGGUGCUGGAGACGGGAACAGUGGAUCGGCUGCCCUGAAUGAAGUGGUGCGCAGCUUUGGCGUUGCACUUCGUCAUGGCUGGCGACCGUAUCGCACCCUUGUCUUUGCCAGCUGGGAAGGCGAAGAGUUCGACCAGUAG